AUGCCUAACCUAGCACCUAAGCAAACGCCUCACCUACCACCUAACCAAACGGCUAACCUAGCACUUAACCGAAAGGCUUACCUAGCACUUAACCAAAAGGCUGACCUAGCACAUAAUUUAAGAUGUAACCUACUCGCUGCUUUGUCAUCUCCCUCCUCCGUUUGUCGCCUUGCCGUCACUCCCAAAGCAGCCUUCCUCAUCCCACCUGCCACGCCCUUUUUGCGUCCCACAAAUGGCGUCGACCUACACUCAGCUUGCCAAAGUGGUCUAAAAGUCAACGGCCUCGAGGCAAUUUACACCAAGAUCCACGAGCUGCAAACAACGACGUUUGCUACCAAACCCGCUGCAAUCGACAAAGCCGUCACAGCAAUUAAGGCGGAGCUUAAAGACCUUAGAGGGAAGUUGAAAGAUGGCAGUAAAAAAGAUGAUGUUAUUGAAAGGUUGACAGAUUUGCAAGGCGACGGUCUUGGUCAAUAUGCUUGGAACGGGAAGCAAACUCAAGAUGGUAAACCUCUCAGUGGCCUUGGGAAAAUUCAUGGUGACCUUCAAGGUCAGAAUACUGAAUUGGGCAAGCAAAACAAAAUUAUUGGAGAUGCCAUCGGCAUUCUUAAGUGGGAGAUAAACCAUCUGCUUGGCAGCAUGGGAAUGAAGUUGAAUGAUGAUCUAGCAAAUGAUGACAUUGUCGACCAGUUGGACUGGUUGGCGAAAAUGAUCGGUAAAAGUCAACAUGGAUAUAGGAGCAGCCUUCAAGCAAUUUAUGAUGAGAUUCAUUGGCAGCAAAAUUGGCCUCUUAUUACGAAUCCCGACGCAAUUGGUAAAGCCAACGAAGCAAUUAAAGCAGAACUCACUGCCCUUCAAGGUGUGUUGCAAGGCACCAAGGACAACGAUGUCAUUGAGACACUGAACGAUUUGAUGACCAAUGGACUAAGUGGAGAUAAGGUGUGGAAUGUUAAUGGUCAAGAUAAAAAAGGCCUUAAAAGCAUCGAAAGUGACCUUAAAGGUCAACAAACUACGUUGUCCACUCAACCCCAAAAUAUCCAGACUGGCGUUGACCAAAUCACCGGUGAGCUUACAAAGCUCCAGAAGCAGUUGAGUGAUGACGUCACCAAAAAGUUGGAUGACUUGAAAAACCAUGGCCUUGGCAGCAAACAAAAUUGGGAUAUUGACGAACAUUCUGCAAAAGGCCUCACUACAAUCACCGCAGACAUCGAGGCCAUAAAGUCCAAGGACGUCGACAAUGUUAAGCAUUAUCUUAUCGCCCUGUGCAGCGCUAUUAAGCAUAACGCAAGAGAUCUCAGAGACAUUUUAAAAGAAGUGAAGGAUAAUCUGAUCGGCGACUUGACAAAAAUAAAACACAAAUUUAGUGAUCUGCUGAGCGAGCAGGUGAGGCCUGUGAUAGCAGAGGUGAGAGGCUUUCUAAAAUUCCUCGACAACGGCAAGGUGCAACUCAUCAGGGAACUCACACAAUUCGUCGACAAGGAGAUCAAGGAAGCCGAAGAGACAUUGAUCAACGAGGCACGCCGGCAGUAUGUCUCCAACAUCAAGGAGCUUUUGAAGUUGUUCGCCCAGAAGGUGGAAGAGGAAUUAAGUCCCUUGCCUCCGUUAAUAAACGGGGAUCUGCAGAUAGGGUAUAAAGGGUUUGUGUAUGAUUUUCAGCAACGCUUCGUCACUCACAUCUCCCCUCUAAAGGGUACGCUGCAACUCGAGGCCCUGUCCACAGCCUUCAAGCGGUUCCACCUGGCGCUCUCGGGAUACAUCAGCGCAGAGAUCAGGAGAGUGCACAGCGAGGAGAGCAAAAAGAAGAAUCCCUCACUCCCACCGACAGAUGAUCACUACGCCGAGAGGCUUUACGGCGUCACCCAGGCGCUCGAGGAGUUGCUGGAACAUAUCACUAAGCAGAAACGUUUCGACCGAAGAUUACCUGAAAUGCUCGAUAAACUCGCCGAGGCAGUCGAAGCGCUGCGACCGGAGAAAUUCGCCAAAGUCACAACUCCGAUACUCGACGGCGUGGCGGAGGCAGCGGACAAGUUUGAAAAGGAACUGAGAACGGUGUACAUCUCCACAUACGACGGGGCGUUUGAGGGCCGCGUGCUAGUCGACGCGCGGAACAGCAGGGUGACGGCGGACGGCGAAAAAUGCGCGAAGAUACUGUUGACGAUUUUGCCCACUGUAUGCUCUGGGAUCACAAAGCUCAACGACGGCCUGGCAGGGAGGAAGCAAAAUUGGUGGGACUACAGAAUUCAUUCAGGCAGUCCGCUCGGCGAUUUCCUUGCCACAAGCGGAUUCACCGUGUCCACCGACGAAGGCCAAAACGACGCGGAGCUGCAGAACUCCGACGACAUGAAGGGUAAGAACGUCCAUGAAUUGCUCACUGAGAUGGUGCAGCACGCCGACCAAAAUGGACACCUCGGAAAAUGCCCCGCCGUUAAGCAAAAUGAAUCACAUGGAGAAAAUAAUUAUAAUAUCUUCGAUCUCCUUGCGUGCCUUUGUUGUCACCUAAAUGAAUACUAUGGGACGUGUCAUCUCGUAGUUCCACCGUCGCCUAGGACGCCGUGCAGCGUCUACCAAAUGCUCGUAUGGCUGACAGGCCUCCCGCACAACAGGGUGUAUGAGCGCCUUAAGCAACAGGUUAAAUCCGUGCUAAGCAACGCCGACGAUAAUUCCACAGACACCAAAUGGUACAUGGCCGCGCAGCCCAAAUCAGUCACCGCCACAAAUCUGGCCGCCGCCCUUCACGAUGUCACCUCCUACUCCCCUGCCCUGCUCACCAGGGUGCUCGGCUACGGCGACGCUAUGACAACGUACGCCGUUGACUUCUAUAGCAACGCACUGCAACUGUAUUACCCGCAGGACGCCGACGAUUGCCUGCACAUGAUGCUGCAUAUCCUCUGUCGAUUGCUUGUCGUGCUCAGAUUUCUGUUCUCUCAAUGCUCACUCCCCGCUCACCAUGGCGGCUGGGCGGAGUGCCAGUACGGCAAGGGCGUUCCACCAUACACGUGGCAGUGCAAUCCUCCACUCACCGCCCUGCCCAACCCUCACCCGGAGUGCUCCGAUAAAUCGCCCCUGAUGUCCUACCUCAACGACUGCCUCCCCGGCCACCUGCCUCACCAGUUGGUCUCUGUCGGCUGUGAGCCUCAAUGCAACACGUGUCCCAGCAGACCAAAUGGGAUGCCCUGUCUCACUCCCCUCGGGUUCCGGGGUUUCUCUGGAAGUACGAGGACAGGCAAGGAGCUGUGCAAAGUGCUGACCAAAUGGUUCGGCAACGAGCAUAUCAAAUCGCUGCUCAGCCUCUGUCCCAGACCGCCGGCUACGCUGGCUGAGCACUUCGGGUUUGCCUCAUCCCUCGUUGGUGGUUGGCAACACAGUGCUCUGCCGUCAGCCAUCGACGCCUUUCAAUCUGCGUUCACAGCCUCCAUCACCGGCCAGUCCAUGACACUCUACCGCGAGCCCGGCAAGCUCACAGAUGCUCUGCGUGAUGCUUACGGCAACGGUCGGAGCGGUCAUGGCAUUCAGCAUUCCACCGCCAAGAAUGCCGACCUGUCCAGCCUGUCGAUGGCAGACUGCUGCACGCUUUCCAACGACGCCAGCAUCAACUGCGCUCCCUACCUGAAUGCCCUGUGCAGCGAUGCGUAUCAUUGCUUACCUCACCGACACGCCGACCUCUACCUCUCAUGGGCCGUCUACCUCCCGUGGACACUGUAUGAUUUAUUGCAGUGUCUAUUCGCCGCUUUCCAGCAGAUCUCCUGCCGCGACUGGGGCUGCGGUGAUUGUUUUCACGAGGAACCUUGUGACCCGGGCAGCCACGGCGUCCCCAGUCCCCAGUCACCGGGGCACAGCUGCCGCUGCCGCUCCACAGUCCAGUGCAGGGGAGUGAUGCCGACCUUGUACAGUCACGGCCUCACCUUCAGGGACGCACCGGCGCUGAUAUCGCAGAACAGGAACUGUUUCAGCUUCCGCACUCAGUUGAGUUAUGUUAUACACUCUGAUUAUUUCAGAGAACUCUUUGACCAGUGUGACCAGUUCCUCUACCGUAUCCGUGCGCCCUUCCUCUUCACCAUCAUAGCACUCUGGCUCAUCGCCACGCUCUACAUCCUCGUCAUACUCCUCUACCGCAUGGACGUCCUGCGCAUCCGCUCGCACCUCCUCACCAACAGGGCCUCCCACCUCAUCGACGUCAAGGCUUUACUCGCCGGCAGCCGCAGGAUGCUCUCGCUCUACAAGGACGUCGAUUACUUCGACGACGACUUUCACUCAUGA